AACAAGGAUGCACGACAUCGAAACGUCAAACGCGAUGUGCGAUUUCAUCCGUGGGAGGUGAAUUAUAUUUUUUGAAAACUGGGCUGAUAAAAUAAUUGUGUAAAUUUUGUAAAUAAGUCAUGUAUAAUAACAUCGUUAAAAUGGUACUGGAAACGGAGAAAAAUAAACCAUCAAAUCAUUCCAUUAAAUUCAUAACUUGGUCUCCGAGCUCCGUUAGCACCUCAUUAUCACGUUGACGAAGGUUAGGGUUAUGUAAUUCAAACCGUCUUGAAUUGGUCGCGUGCUAAAUCAUUCAGUAUUUAUCAAAUGUGCUUAUUUCUAACAGUGCAAAUUAAAAAUGUUCAAAAAUGUGGAGCGAGCCCAGUAAGAAGACGUCACUGAUUGCAACAGGGGCGCUAUGGGCCCCGAGGCUAACCUAGAAUCGCUGUUAUACCCUAAGAUAUCUGCGUCGACACCAGCGAGUUCCAUAAUCAACAAGAGCCAAGACCCGAACUGCAAAACAGGCCUGAAACUCACCUCCAGCGACGCCAGAGAGUUUAUAUGUGGUUGGGGAGCUGCUGUCAUAAAUGUUACCGUUACUUAUCCCAUAAACAAGAUAAUAUUCCGUCAGAUUCUCGAGGGUGUCCCGGUAGGAACGGCGGUGAAGCAAUUGUCGAGCGAGGGUCUGAGGCUUCUUUAUCGAGGAAUCUUACCUCCGCUAUGUCAGAAGACAUUAUCUCUCAGUAUAAUGUUUGGGGUGUACGAAGGCAGCAGGAAGCGCUUAUGUUUGUUGACAAACAAUGAAAUUGUGGCAAAGUUUUUUGCCGCCAACAUCGCUGGGAGCGCCGAGGCCGUUCUAAUGCCAUUGGAGCGUGUUCAAACCCUGCUGCAGGACUGGCGAUAUCACGAUAAGUUCAAAAACACAUCUCACGCUUUUAGACAUCUUUUAAAUCACCACGGUAUAUCGGAAUGUUACAGGGGACUGGUUCCUAUAUUAUUUAGAAACGGGCUGUCAAACGUCAUGUUCUUUUCGCUAAGAGAUCGUUCGAAACUAAUAAUAGCAGACCACGAUACGCUUUUAUAUAAUUUCAUAAGCGGUGCAUUGAUAGGUGGUUUUACAAGCACCGUUUUUUAUCCUAUGAACGUGAUAAAAAUUCACAUGCAAACAAAAAUCGGUGGUAAUUUUGAAAAAUUCUGGAUCGUUGUUAGAGAAAUUUAUAUAUCUAGGGACAAAAGUAUAGCGCAUUUCUACAAAGGUGUUCACCUAAAUUAUAUGAGGUCUUUCAUAAGCUGGGGAGUCAUCAACGCGGCGUAUGAUUUUUUAAAAAAAAUUAUACUCGUAUAAUGUCACGAAAAACCCAUCUCUUAGAUUUGAAUUAUUCACAUCCAUUUCAUUAUUUUUCUCUUUCUUUUAUCAAAUUUCCAGAUUUUCAAACAUUACCGGCAUUUAAUUAGUCAAUUAAUUAAUCAUGUAAAUUUGUAAGUAUGUAACGCAUCAAUUUGUUUUAAUUAUCAUCUAUGUAUGUAAUCGCCGGCGAUUAAAUCGCUUGAAUUAAAUUUUUUUAAAUGUUAAAUCGAGGACUAGAAAAACAAAUUACGAAGUGAAUAUAUUUUUACUGUUAAUUUAUUGCUCAGUUAUAUUCUAAGUGUUGUAUACCUACGUGUAAUAAAUAUCACUUACGACCACAGCAUUAAAUUUUUCCCGUCAAAUGUCGCUGAAAAAAGAAGAUCUUUCUUCCGUUUCUUUUUAAUAUUAAAUAAUUUCAUUAUAUUUUUAUUACACAUAUAAUUUUUUGUUGCUGGUCAUCAAACGGCAAUCGCUUUAAUCAUGUACCUUAUAACGUAUGUAUACCUAUGUAUGUAUGUAUAUGUAUAUGAAUAACUAUUUACAAAUUAUAAUUGAAUACAUAUUAUUUAUUUAGAAAAGAAUAUAGCGAAUGGGAAAACGA